AUGAAACAUCUGAAAUUAUCUAUUCCUUGUAUGAAUUAAUCCUUUCUUUAUAAAGGAAACUUUUAAGACAUCAAUUAUUAAGAGCUUGUUCAAUUUGCAGAAAGCAAAUUAGGUAAAAAAUUAACUUAAGAACUCUACUUUGUUUAUAUUAAUGUGGAAGGUGACAAUUUUAUAAUAGAUAAUGAUCAAAAACUAAACAAUUUAAAGAAAUUAAAUUCUUAAGUUUUAAAGAUCAUCUUAAAAGAAUUUGAAAAACAAAUAGUUCUUCAUCCAAAUACAAUUUGUUCUGUUUGUCAAUAAUCUCCAAUAUAAAAUAUUAGAUUUAAAUGUGUUGUUUGUGAAGAUGUAGAUUUAUGUCAAAAUUGUAGUAUAGAACAUAGUAAAUUACAUCCAUUAAUUAUGAUUUCUAAACCAGAAUAAGUAUAAUACUUAGAAAGUUUUUUUAAAAAACAUAUGAAAAAAGUAAAGAAUAUUUUAAAUUGUUCUAUCAAUAAAUCUAAAAAUACAGUAAUAGCAAUUAAAGAUGUUAUUAUGAAAAAAAAGAAAGAUUAUUUUGGAAAUCAAUAAUAAUAAUAAUAAUAAUAAUUCUAAUAAGGAUAAAUAAAGAAACCUCCAAGUUAAGAAGAAGAAGAUGUAUUAAACAAAACCUUAAGAUUAUCAGAGAUAUUUGAAGGAUAACCAAGUACUUAUGAGAAAUUUGUUAAAUAAAAUAAAGAUUUGACAUUUGAAGAAUUAGUGGAAGUAGCAUCUGAAUAAUUUGCCUGA